UUUUAGGGUUUAUGAAAUGGCGAGAGAGCCCCUGCCGCUGCUGCCGAUUCGCGAUCCAAAUCUGAGGCGCUGUGUCAACGCCGCUGGAACGAGCCACGUCCUGGAGAAAUACUGGCAACGAAACCAUGAUGCUCAAAUCUCGAAGCUAUUCCAAUCAUCUGGUACUCACCUCACACACACAGGCAGUUGAGGUCUCUGUGAAAGCGUACUUCCCAUCUCCCCAUGGAACACCGGACAGACACUUUCCAAAACCCAGUCCCAGCUCGCGAAAUUCGACGCUGCAUGGAGAUGGUAGGCCUUCUCCUUCGAAAACGAGCUCCUGGAAGAGCGUGCUUUACUUUUGGAAGCGUCCGAGAGAUCAUACACCGAGUUCCAAAGAAGAGCACAAGCACCAAGUUCCAAGGGUGAGAAAGUCUGUUUCCGGGCCGAUCUAUCGCAACGACGACACAGCCAGUGUGUCUAUCCGCUCCUACUCAAAUCCGGUUCUUGCUUGCGGAGGUUUUCCAAGAACGGAGGAGGAAGACGAUGGAGCGGCUAAUCAUCCCUACACGCCUUUGAAGAGGAAGCCCCGAGCUUCCACAAAGAUCCUCUAUGCGACAUGAGGUAACUCUUUACGGUUUCCUUGAAAUGGUUUUAGAAGUGUCUUCCAGAUCGAGUAUAACGAUCUUGGAUUGGAAGAAGAAUGCGAGUGUAAAUUCAAGGCAAAGUGCUGCCAUGAUAAGUUCUCACCUAAAGCUCCAAUACUUGCAUUUUUCAUUGUCA